CCGCGGUGGUUCGGCGGGCGGGCGCCCGGCGGCUGGGAGGAGAGCCGAGCGGAGCGCCGCGCACCCCACUGCGCACCCGGUGCCCACGGGCCCACGGCGCCCACCGCAGCGGAGCCUUCUGCAUGCACCGGAAUUUCCUGAGAACAAGUUGCUGAAGUUGCCACGGCUCUGUUUCUCUGAUUGUUCAGAGCAGAUCUGAAGACGUCAGGAGUGCUCUUUUUCUGUCUCCUUCACACAUUUGAAUUCAUCUAAAUCAAAUAAGAACCAUACAGUGUCAUUUGGUCACAGUUUCAGGGCUGUAUGCUCCAGGUCUCAAUGAGGAGCCCAAACAUGGAGACGUUCAAGCAACAGAAGGUAGAGGACUUUUAUGACAUCGGAGAGGAGCUGGGAAGCGGCCAGUUUGCCAUUGUGAAGAAGUGCCGGGAGAAGAGCACCGGGCUGGAGUACGCAGCCAAGUUCAUCAAGAAGCGCCAGAGCCGGGCCAGCCGGCGGGGCGUGAGUCGCGAGGAGAUCCAGCGGGAGGUGAGCAUCCUGCGGCAGGUGCUGCACCCCAACGUCAUCACGCUGCACGAUGUCUUCGAGAACCGCACCGACGUGGUGCUCAUCCUGGAGCUAGUGUCCGGAGGAGAGCUGUUUGACUUCCUGGCCCAGAAGGAGUCGCUGAGUGAGGAGGAAGCCACCAGCUUCAUCAAGCAGAUCCUGGAUGGGGUGAACUACCUUCACGCCAAGAAAAUUGCUCACUUUGAUCUCAAGCCAGAAAACAUUAUGUUGUUGGACAAGAAUAUUCCCAUUCCACACAUCAAGCUGAUUGACUUUGGCCUGGCUCACGAAAUAGAAGAUGGAGUUGAAUUUAAGAAUAUUUUUGGCACGCCAGAAUUUGUUGCUCCAGAAAUUGUGAACUAUGAGCCCCUGGGCCUGGAGGCUGACAUGUGGAGCAUAGGCGUCAUCACCUACAUCCUCCUAAGUGGAGCAUCCCCUUUCCUGGGAGACACGAAGCAGGAAACGCUGGCAAACAUCACAGCAGUGAGUUAUGACUUUGACGAGGAAUUUUUCAGCCAGACCAGCGAGCUGGCCAAAGACUUCAUUCGGAAGCUUCUGGUUAAAGACACCCGGAAACGGCUCACAAUCCAAGAGGCUCUCAGACACCCCUGGAUCAUGUCCAAAGGGGAAGUCAGAGCCCCGGAACAACGGAAGGCAGAGCCCACCCAGCUGAAGACCAAGCGCCUGAGAGAGUACACCCUCAAAUGCCACUCAAGCAUGCCCCCCAAUAACACCUAUGUCAACUUCGAGCGUUUUGCUCGUGCGGUAGAGGACGUGGCUCGGGUAGACCAGGGAUGCUGUGCCCUGUCAGGGGCCCAUGACACCCUCCAGGAUGAUGUAGAGGCCCUGGUCUCCAUCUUCAACGAGAAGGAAGCUUGGUACCGAGAGGAGAGCGAGAGUGCCCGGCACGACCUGUCGCAGCUGAGGUAUGAGUUCCGCAAAGUGGAGUCCUUGAAGAAGCUCCUGGGAGAAGACAUCCAGGCUACAGGGUCCAGCCUCGGAAGCAUGGCCAGGAAAUUGGACCAUCUGCAGGCGCAAUUUGAAGCCCUGAGGCAGGAGCUGUCAGCAGACCUACAGUGGAUCCAGGAACUGGUGGGCAGCUUCCAGCUGGAGAGUGGGAGCACAGAUGGCCGGGGCUCCGUGUUCCGCUGGGACGCCAGUGAGUCCCUAGUGGAGCUGCUCAACAGAUCAGGCAGCAAGGAAGUCUUGGCUGGCUUGAAGCUCUGAGCCCUGGAAUCUAGUCAGUAAUGCAUCCUGGGUGGCUUGCAGAAGCAUGUUCCCAAUUGCCCUGCUGGGCAUCGGCUCGAAUGAUCCUGCAGGAAUGUGUGUCCGUAGCAUAGCCUUGUACCACCUGCACAGAAUCCAGCAUCACGGAGGUGCUAGCUAGCUAUUCAUUCUGCACCUCCUCUCUCCAACCUGUUUUUUUUGGGAGGGUGGAGCUGGCAGGGCAGCCAAGCUGUUAAAACGAUUGAGGGUGAAUACCUUUUACGGAUCCUUCUCCUGAGGGAGGAUGACUGGUCCCGAGGAGAUGCUUGAUAACUGAUUUGUGAUGAUGGACUUGUGCAUAUCUCACCCCACCUACAUGCCUUAUGGAUUGCAGAUCUUGGGCAAUAUUUGAGCUAACUAGGGAUAACAGUAAGUCAGUUUGGUGCUUUCCUUCUGCAAAAGGAGGGAUUUAAAACGCACAGAGAAAAUAUUACUUUUCAUUUGCAUGGACAUCACUUACCAAGCAAUUGUCUUUGAUCCUUAAAAGAACUCUGUGAGACAGGAAGGUGGGAGGUGUUACUAUUGUUGUUAGUGUUGUUUUCAUUCAUGUAACUGAUGAGGAAAUUGACUCUGAGAGAGAAAAUGACUUACCCAGGGUCAUUUAUAGCUAGUUGACACAGAUGAAACAGAAACUGAGGAUGCCCCACUCUAAGAUGAGACACCUGGGAAGAAAUCGUGAGGCUUUGCUGUAAAUAUCCACCUUAAUAUUCAGAGGCAAAGUAAGCAGCUUCACGUAUUCUGCCAGGUAUAGGUGGAAUGCCUCACACCUUCACACGAUGGUCCCUAGAAGUGUGUCCUAGAAGCACAGCCCAGUGCCUGUCUGAAGAUCAGCCCGCAGAGCAGGAGGGGAGAGGCAACAUCUCACCUGUCUCCAGCUUUCUGGCUAAGGGCUCCGACCUUGUGUUGGGAAUGAAAACCAAAAGGGACUCAAUAAGAAGGUUCCUUUUCUUAUGCAUCGAGGGCACAGGGCCCUGAAAUUCCGAGAAACUCCAUGAGAGUUUAUGAAGAGGGUGGACGUUAAGACUGGGAAGCACAAGGCUCGGUGGUCACUUCAUAACCCCAGGCUUUGCGUACCCCUCCUGGGGACUGGAGGAUCUCAUCAUCCUUUCCCUGGAGGAGGGGCCAGUCGACCAGCUCACAUAGACAGAGCCUGGAGUGUGGCUGCAGCGCUGCGCUAGAAUCACGGGGGUGGGGGAACAGAUGUAUCAUUUCAAAGUGUCUUCACAGACUCACAAAACACCCUUGUCAGAUAGGCGGGGUAAACGUCAUUCACAAUUUGGAGAUGAGGAAACAGGAUGUGAUUUGCCCAAGGUCAUAAUGGCAAAAUUGGAGGUCUCCUGAUGAUAAGUCUGUUGUUCUUUCUGCUUCUCCUAACUGCCCCAGGCUCCAGGAGUUUACUCUCUGCUGCUGGGGCAGGUUAUACCCAGAUUCAUCCAUCCAUCCAUCCAUCCAUCCAUCCAUCCAUCCAUCCAUCCAUCCACAAAUAAUUUCUAAACAACUACCGACUGUCAGGUACUCGGCUUGGCACUGGGGGUACAAAGUUGAGUGAAAACAGCCAUGUUUCCUGCUUUAAUGGAGUUCUCAGUCCAGUGAAGGAUUCCAGCAUUAAUUAAGAACAAUCUAGAAAUGUAGAAGUGCAGCUGGGACAUACGCUAUGAAAGAGAAGUAUGCAGUACUGCAAGAGCAUGAUCUAGUCAGGAAUGAGGUCCCUGCGGUGAUGACGCUAGAGCUGAGAUCAGCUAGGCAAAUGGGGAGAAAUAAUUGCUCCCUACAAAGCUGUCAUGCCAGGGCUCUGUGGGCAGGGGAAUGGGAGGCUGACCCUGUACAGAUAGAAGGAAAGCUGGAGGGGAGAGAAGAAGAGUGUGGUGUAGAUGUGGCUGGAGAGGAGGCAGGACCGGCAGGGCUUUACCAUAUUAAAGAGCUCUGCCUUUAUCCCAAGAGUCAUGGGAGCCAUGACGAAUGACAGGUGCUGGGGCUGGGGGGUGGUGGUGGUGAGGGGUUUUGCCCAGUGAGCAGCACAGACAGGAAGUGGUUUAGGAUGAGACAUGAGAUUUUGAUCCCAUGAAACCAUUUCUACCUCCUUUUAGCAUGCUGGAUCAUUUCAAAUAUCAUAUAUAAUAUUUGUAACAGAAUUUUUUCUCAUCAAAUAUAAGAAACCAUAUUUUCAUCAAAUAUAAGAAGCAUCAUUAUUUUAUGUAUGAAAAAUAAGAAAGAUAAAAAGCCCAAGAUGGGAAGUUCAAUAGGAGAUGCCACACACAAAGCUGGGACAUUUUCACUGAGAGGAUAAGUGAGAAAUAAAGCCACCAGGAGAAAAGGAAGACAAGGGAACAUGCAUAUACCAACCUUGACACUAGGUGGCAGGAUGAAAAAUCAUCCCCUGAGAAUAGGAGCCCCAGGUUAGUGGUCCUCAUGCGGGUUUGCCUUCUGAAUUUGCACAAUCAGCGUGACCCAAAAGAACCUCAAGCAGAGGAUCUAAUGUCAAACAGUCUGAGGCUGGCUGGUCCCUGGUGGCUGGCAGAAGCAGUGGGUCCUCUCUCGGAACACCUGCCUUCUCUUCAGACCUAUAGUAAGGAUAUGAUGUCAUCGAUUGGGAGACAAGUCCUGACUUCAGAGAUCCAAAAAAAUGUGCAUCUUGGAAUCGGUGGAAGAUGGCAAAGCUGUUUCCUAUGCCCUGCCUGGGAGAAUUGACCCAAAUGACCCAUCUAUGAUCUCCAAGAACCUACCGCUUUGUCAUGGGACACAAUGUACUCAUUUGGCAGGAGAAACGGCAAAUACGAGUAGACCUUGACCUCAUACAGCCAGAUUUCCUACGGAAAGGGAACGUCCCGAUUGAGCAACUCAGGGGAAACUUUCUUGUGAAGGUCGAAAUAAAAUGCAAUAUAGGAGUAAGGUGUGGAUGAUGAUUUGAAUUAGGGAGACUGAGAAGAGGGAGGGAGAAGUGCUUAUUUUAGGAUUGUGGACAUCAGCCACACACUGUCUGUGCUGGGAGGUCCUCAGAGGUAAACCACCAGACACCCUCACUUUGUAGCAUUUGAUGGGACAGGAUUUGUCUAAAGGCACCAAGCUAGCGGGAACCAUAAGAGACUUUCAAUGGACUCAUCCUCUCUGUGUUCACAUCCAGUUGUUAAUGACUUGUCAUUUAGCUGUUUUAUAAACAGAUCGUUUUCUGUACUGAAUUUCCAAAGACAAAUUGAAGUGAACUGAAAAAGGCCCUCAAGUCUUUCAGGGAAACCAGAGAAGACUGUGGCCUUCCUCUGUCACCUGGCCAGUCCAAUUCCUGUCACCCUUUGGCAUCAGAACCUGGUGCUGAGGGGAGCCCAAGGAGGCCUUUGAGAGCUCAGCCAGAGGCCUGCAGAACUCCUCUCCACAUGCCCACCACUGGCAUUUUAACAGCAGGCUCAAGGCAGGCAGUGAGGCUGAUGGUCCCAGGUGUCCAUGGCACUGGUCCCUACAGGGAGGUAGGCCUGGGGGCACUGCUUUGUGGGCAGGCCCACCUGCUGUCAGAGUUUUCAUUCACCAGCCUGUGAAUGAAAGGUCGGCCUCUGGGCCCUAUGCAAACACCAUCCUGAGCUGUUGGGAAAGGGAGGGUGAGUGUGUGACAUCUUCCUGAAUAAUGCUUCCCAAGGAAGCUGGAGAGUUGGUGCCUGGGGAAGGCAGCAGCCUGUCCCUUCUCUGAAGCACGUGCACAUGAUGACUCCGCUUUGCUUUGGGAAUCAUGGCGAUGGCAUGGUACCUGGUGGGGCAGAUCAACAAGGACAGGAGAAGCCAGAGUCUCCUCCAUGCACCCCCUCCCCACACCACCCACCCUCCCCCUCAGGUGGUGACGAACAUGGUGUCUUCCCACCUCACUCCAUCCAUCACCCAGCGCAGUCGGCCCAUGUGGGAGGUGGCUGUGUGCCCAGGUACCACCCCCGCUGUCGGCCUCUGUAAAUGCCUGUGGAGCUGAAUGGCCUUUUCUCCUUUGUCUGCAAAACUUGGCCUUUGGAGAAGACUCUGCCUUGAAAGGAGACUCUGCAAUGAGCAUAUUUGAGGAGCAGAAGGGGCCAGUUCAGUUGACCAAACACUGAUUGUGCUCUGGCUCUGGAGAGGUGACAGAUAAGGACAAGACAACCCCUAAAUAAAAGACUCAGUGUCUGGGGCAGAGACGGACCCGACCAAGUGAGAGAUGGGAAAGGCUGUGGUAAGUGGUAAAAUAAGGGUACCUAAUAGUCCCGACAACAGGAGAGAGAGGAAUUUGGAUGGAGAAAGAGUAAGAGGGGUGCAGAGGGCAGAACCAUUCUCAGGGAAGGUCUCCCCUCAACACCCCACCCCAAAUGUAGCUUUGUGGAGAAAGUGCCACAUAGAAUUUGGAGGGAUAAACCCAGAUUUGGGUCAGAAACCUGGACUGUUGAGUGGAGAUUAAAGAGAAGAUGAUAGAGAUUAGAAAGAGAGAGUUUUUGUUUUUAAUUUUUUGUCAUAGGAAAUUUUCAAAACUUGCACAAAAGUAUGGAGAAUUGUAUAGUGAAUUCCCCACUUUCAACAGUGAGCAAGUCAUGGCCAGUCCUCUCUCAUUCAUCACCACUACUUUUUCUGGGAUAUUUUAAAGCAGACUUCAGACAUGGUUAAUUCAUAAAUUCUUCAGCAUGAAUCUCUGAUAAGGACUUUCUUUUUAAUAUUACCACUGUGCCAUGAUCACCCCUGACAAAAUCAAGAGUAAUUCCUUAAUAUCCUCUGGAAACACAUUCAAUGCUCACAUGUCCCCACUUUUCUCAAUGGUGUCCUGUUACAGUUGGUUUGUUCAAAUCAGGAUCCAAACACAGUCCACACGCGGCAUUGAUUGUUACGUCUCUCAAGUCACCUGUCUUCUGUAACAGUACAGGAGGGAGAGCUUUUGAAGCUUUUCCUGGGGGUGAAAAAUUGCUCAGAAAAAUGAAGGUCUCAGAGAGAUGAUUAAAAGUGAGAGUGUGUCCUUGCCAAGACCUAACUUGGAAAAGUGAGACCAACUCAGGCGAGGCAAAGGGCAUUCCUACCUCUUUCCAUUGGCUUGUUUGAUACAGGGACAACCUGCAGGGACACAUCCUCUGUACAGCUCUUCCCCGCCAUUUAUAAGGAGGCAGAGACUCAGGCACCUGUAAGCCUACGUGCUCCUCUGAGGAGGGGAGGUAAAGCCUGCAGGGCCCAGGCUCCAGCCAGUGAAACAACCAGCAAAAGGGAGAGAUGGAGGGGCCACCUCUAUUAAAGGAGAUUGGGGUGGAGGAGGAGCCAAGUGACAGACCUGGGCAGGAGGCGGUAGUGGGUGUUCAGGUGUUCCUGGCUUUCAGUGGAGGUUGGGGCUGGAGAAAUGGCACAGAUGGAGGUUUGAAAAAUUGCAAUCUAUUUGUAGUUUCUAAAGGAGGCCUGGUAUUUAGAGAAAAUCUUCUGGAGUGCCUCUUCUGAAAAGCCAGGGUUCCUUUUUUUUUCACGCCUGGGAGGAUGGCUGCUGCUUCAUCUCCUGGCUCUGUGGGUGUGCGUGCUGACCUAGCACACCCUGCUGGACUUUUUCAAAGGCAUUUAAAUCUGAAAACAAAACCUGAGUUCAGCCACAGCAUUCUGUCUUCUUGCCUACCUUCCUGACAUUUUUCUGAGACACCACACAUGCUCCUAGGAGCUUGGUCAGAAUUGCCCAGACUCUGUGGUGUUGCUGAAGGACCACAGACUGGAAGGUGGGCACUGUUUGUGUGCAGAAAGGUGGGGCUGGGGGUCAAGACAAGGCAUAACCUAGCUCCACCCCCCCUCACACUCCCAAUUUAAUCAAAAGUGUUAGUGCCACAUGCCUCCUGGGGACAGAUUUCACUGCACAAUUUACAUCUCUCUGACUUUCCAGGCUUCGAUGAGAACGUCAGCAUUUGGGGAGCCCUCUUAGCAACCAAGGAAGCCCAUCGAUUAGGAAAGGGCAGCCUGACAGAUUUAUAGCCUGGAUGACCUCUUCAGAGUUCAUGCUGCUUUGGGCAGCAGAGAGAUAGGGCCCUAGAAGUAAUUGCAUGAAUGGCCUCUGGGAAUGGUCCCACCUGAUAUUUCAUUUGGGCCUCUCUGCUCAGUGGCCGACACGGCUGGACCAGUUGGAAGGUGGGAUUCUCAUGAACCGACUCCCCUAGCCUGCAUGUCGACCUUCCACCCACAGGGUUUAGGCCAGGGUGCCAAUCAGUAAGUGGAUAAAAAGAGGUCCCUUUCCUCUCAGCGUCUUCUGAUUCAGCCUCAUCAAACUCUCCAAGAGAAGUGUAAGUGUCUCCUGCAAGGGUUAGACUCAAAGGUAAAUUGCAAACAUUAGUGAAGUUCAAAAUGUUCUGUGGGUUGGGGAGGCAGAAUAUCACCUUGGAAAGGAGAUACUAGUUGCUGGGAGAGGGAACUAACAAAAACCAAAUAAAAGCAGAAUAAAAUGUCAAUGACAUGCUGUGAAGAAGUAGGGUACAGGCACAGUGAGUUGUGUGGGGUAGUUGGAGAGCUAUUUUAUAUAAGGUGGUCAAGGAAGGCCUCUCUGAGGAGGUGACAUUUAAGCAAAGAUGUGAACAAAGUAACAAAGUGAAUAUGUGAAGGAGCAAGGCAAAUCCCUGAGACCGUGGGUAGGAUCAGCAAGCAGACCCACGACAGGAAGGAGAAAGGAAGGAAAUUAAGUUGGAGAAGGACUCAGAUGAUACAGGCCUUGGGGGUCUUGGUGGGCUUGUUGGGUUCCAUCACGAGUGCCAGGAAGCUGCUGGAAGGCACGGGCAGGCUCUGCCUUCUUUUGCGUCUCCCUUUGUGUAAGACCUGGACCCAGACCUGGGCUUGCAGUUGUGGCAGAGGAGGUGAGACCAAUUGAGGAAAGAACGGGGAGAGCUUGGCCUGGUGGUCCCCUCAGCACCCUCAUCCUUUUCUCUUCCCUCUCUGUCUUCCUCUUUCCCCUCUCCUCUUUCGUCCUGCACUCUUUGGACGAAACCAUUGUGUUCCAGUUUGGGAUGGUGAAUUGCCCCCUUGCUUUCUUAACUUCCGUCCAUGUCAAGGUUGUGUGCACUCUCUUCCCUGUUCCCUGACCCCUAGAACUCUGCUGACCCCCAGGCAGAGCCCUGGGGAGUCAUGCUGACACCCUUUCAUGGUAUCACGGUGGCUGGUCCAGGUGCCUGGCCUCUCUGGGAAGAGCGAGCAGGUCCCAGGUCCUAGGAUUUCAUUCCAGUUUGUCUCUUCAGCAGUCCAGGGAAACAAUUUAACCAUACAACUAUUAAGCACCCACUGUUGUGUGCUCUGGGUGGGGAGGAGGUGGGGCAGGGGACAUUGAAGACACGUGAAGGAAAUUCUUUCUGUGACCUCAAGUUGUUUUCUGCUAGUGAGACGACUCCACUGCAGAGCGGACCGAAAUAGGUGAUAUGUAUAAUAAGGGUUCUCACAUGUGUUUUGGUCUUGUCGGGGAGGGAGAUAUUAUUUCUUGGACAUUGUCCUGGAGGAGAUCACAUUUGAAUUGGGCUUUGAAACACAGAGAGGCUUUCCAAGGAGGAGGGGGGUUGGGUGGACAUGGAAAGGGCAUCCUGCGAGAACAUUGUAAGUCCAGAACAGGGUGGGCCAGCAAUGCACACUGGUUUCGCCUGGUGCCUGGCACCAUGGUGAAAAAUAAACAAAAAUGGAGGUGUGCUCCAAGUGUGGGGAAGAGACAAGACCAGCACCCAGGAACCGAGCUACCUCACUUAGCAUUCCCUGAGGUGCCACAUGAGGUGCCACAUUGCUGUGCGGAGGCUGUCAGCGUGGAGAGAAAAAUAGAGCUGGAUGGGACCUUAUAGACCGUCCUGGGCAGUUCAUUUUCUUGAGGUCGUGGAGUCCUUUGAGAAUCGGUGAAAGCUAUCGCCUCAGAAGAAAUGUAUAUCUGUACAUAUAUACAAUUUUUUUAUUGAGAUAUAAUUCACAUCCCAUAAAUGUACCAUUUCAAAGUGUGCAAUUCAGUGGGUUUUAGUAUAUUCACAAGAUUGUGCAACGAUCGUCACUGUCUAAUUUCAGGACAUUUCAUCACUCCAGAAAGAAACUUCACACCCCGUAGUAGGCGUUUCCCAUUCUCCCUCCUCUCUGUGCCCUGGCAGCUACUAAUCUUUCUGUCUCAAUGGAUCUACCUAUUCUGGACAUUUUAUGUAAACAGAAUCAUACAG